GUCGUAACGAGGAUACGUGCGUCUUGACGCACAGGUGACUCGAGUCCGAUAGGCGUUGACUAAGGGGAAACGUUCCUGUCUUUCUCUCUUUUACUUUCGUUUUCUACUUCCUCCUACUCUGGACUUGUUUAGACACAUCACCUCGAGUUAGCUGCCUGCGACGUUUGUAAAACCUUUCGCUAGAAGACCGAAAACAUUUCUUCCAGCUCUCGCUUCGCUCAUAGUUUCUCCUGAAGUAUGCAGAGGUAAAGUCUUUCCAGCGGAACCAGCCGAAAACCUCGCCAUCAAAAAAAGGAAAUGGAUUUUCAAACGAAGCUGCUAGAUGUAGCCAAGGCCUUAAGUAGAGACGAGGUCAAAGCCUUGACCUUUCUCUGCACUGACCUCCUGGGCAAAAACCCAAACAUGGUGGAGUCAGUCAGUGACCUAUUCUCCCGUCUGGCGGAUCAAGACCGUCUAUCACCUGAACAACCACAGCUGCUGACUGAACUUCUCCUCAUAAUCCAACGUCGUCGGCUCGUCCGUGAACUCAACCUCUGUGAUCUACACUCGUCUACCAUCUCUCCCUACAGAAAGUUGCUAUAUGACCUGUCGGAGGAGAUUACUAAUGAUACCCUGAGAGAUAUGAAGUUCUUGUUGAACAAAGAUCUCUCACGAAGAAAACUUGAGGAAAAUGUCACUACACUUGAAGUCUUCCUGGAGAUGGAGCAGAAGGACCUCAUUAAUGACACCGACCUAACUUCUCUGGAGACCAUAUUUAAGUCGGUGUGUCCCAUGCUGAACGAACAUAUCAACCGGUACAAAGCGACGCUUGAACCUCGUCCCGGGAUUAUAGCUCAAGAAGUAGGCCGGGCAAGGUCGCAGUCUUGUUCUUCAAAGCGCCCCAAGAUCUCACAGUGUGAAAGAGGCAGCUCGCUAGAUGUGCCAAAUGAAUUGAAUCCACCGUUAUCCAACCGUGGUACAGAGAACAAGUCCACCAUCUCUCUUGAUGGUGACAAGUCCUUGACACACAAGCUGAGAAACUUAAGCAUGGAAACAACAGCUUCCUCGUUUAAAGUGAAAAGCGAUGCUCUGGAGAUACCACCUCACGAACUCAAGGCCCCCCCUGACGAGCAGCCACCUCUGACAACUACAAACACAAAUAGUGAGGGUGUGGGAACAUAUCCAAUGACUAGAUCCAAGAGAGGCGUCUGUGUGAUAAUCAACAACCACAACUUCAGCCAUUCCACAGUGCCUCUCAAGGUCCGAGAGGGAACCAUGGUUGAUGAAAAAAGUCUGAAGGAUGUGUUUGAAUGGCUGGGAUUUGAGGUGCAAAUACACAGAGACACUGACAAGCAGAGGAUGGUGUCCGCGCUCUGGGAGCUGGGCAUGGCAGAUCACAGUGAGAUGGACUGCGUCGUAUGCUGCGUUCUCAGCCACGGCCUGGAGGGAGGCGUGUACGGUGUGGACGGCAACGUCGUCAAGAUCAGGGAACUCACGGAGCCUUUUAAUGGCAAAAAUUGCCCCACUUUAAUCGGGAAGCCCAAGCUGUUAUUUAUCCAGGCUUGCCAAGGGAACAACUCACAGAGGGCUGUCAACAUCGAGGAAGACAGCCGCGUAUUCGACCCUCAUAUCAGUGAUUUUACCGCGGCUAAAGAGUCCAUUCCUUCUGGUGCAGAUUACCUGCUGGGUAUGGCCACUGUUCCGUCCUUUGUGUCCUUCAGACAGAGGGAUAAAGGCACGUGGUAUAUUCAGUCAUUGUGCCAAAACCUCAUUGAUCUGGUGCCCAGAGGAGAAGACCUUGUCACAAUCCUGACCAAAGUGAAUGCAGAUGUCAGCCAGAAGAUUGUUCAUGACGGGCAGAAAAAGCAGAUGCCUCAACCAGCCUUCUCACUCAGGAAGAAAGUUGUCUUUCCGAUCCCCCAAACCCCUCCUCCCAGUCUGUUGCACUGAAGACUGAUUCUGUCCGUUUGAUACUGUCUCUUGUCUUAUGCUGGGCGCACACUACAUAAAUUUUGUCACCCUGUCCGCGGGCUGACAAUUGCACGAGAAAUGUGGCCUGGACUUUGUUUGCUGCUGAGUUUCUUACGGAUGAUAUCAAAUAUGUUUACCGAUGCUCUUGCCAGUGAGUUUACAUAAUUCUGCACAUAAAUCUCUUGGGGUGGUGGAUUCAAUGAUCGGUGAUUUGGGUUGAUUAUCUAAAUAAUAUCCUCCAGUUUGUUAUUUCCAAGUGUGUGUGCGACUCUGAGAGAAGAAGGUCUGAAGUUUCUUUUUAAAUGUGCGACAUAAACUUCAAUUUCAAAACCAAGAUUUAAGAUCGACUGAUAACAGAUUUAGAUUUUUUUUUUCUUAAUAUGUUUUUAAAUUUAAUUUGAUGAGUUUUAACAGUAUUUGUAUAGUAAAACCAGAGACAUUUGCUAAUGAAGACCUUGGGGUUAAAGUAGAUUUUCCAGAAUGAAGCACUUUUGAAAAGUUAUUUGUUGUAAUAAACUGUAUGAAUUAAAUCCAACCGUUACGGCAACAUAGACCUCUAUAUUUUAAACUUGAUUUUAGCCAAUGUAGUCCUUGUUAAAAAAAUUAAAUAAAUCACACACAAUUGCAGUCGACACAGAUAACCCAACCAAAGGAUAUAUUUUUAUGAUAAGAAUUUGUUGAUUUGUCCCUGUAUAUUUUAUUUUCAUACAUCUACAAUAUAUGAAGAAUAAAACAACUGCGUUCAUAA